AUGACUUCAAGGACUACCCAAUGGCGUCGUCGGCAACGUGUAAGACAUUUUCUUUGUGAUAAUGCAUUGAAUGAUGCUGUACCAGUAAAUUUGAUUGAAAACGAUUCAAGUUAUUUUUCACAGCAUGAUGUUUACGUUUUACGAGAAGCUCAAGUAGAGAAUAAUGCAAACAACAGAAAUAAUUUUGAUAAACAGUCGAAUUCUUUUUCAACCUACAUUGAUGAUCAAAUACAAUCAACUGAAGAUGGUCAACCAUAUGUACUUGAAGAGAUACAGCCAGAUGAAAUUAUAGAAGAUCAAGUAGAAGAUAUGAACUUUUUUAAUUUAUCUGCUGAUCCAUCAACUCAUGAAGUUGCUGCUGCUUUAACUAUAUUGAAAAAUCGACAUAAUCUAUCGAAUCGUUGCUUAGAUCAUAUAUGUCAACUAAUGCGUCUUUUAAAAGCUUCAAAUGUACCAAAAGGUUCUGCACAUGUAAAGCGUAUCUUUUUAUCAAGUUCAACAGCUCAUUUUACAUCAUCUUCUUAUUAUUGUUCAAAAUGUAAUCAAUUAUCUUCCAAAGCAACAAACUGUUCGAACAUAAAAUGUGAAGAAAAUAAAUCUUUUAGUAAACGUCCACCUGUAUUUCUUCGCAUGCCUUUACAACCUCAAAUAAAAGAUGUAUUAUUACGUUUUCCAUCACUCAAUUUGCAACGACAACGUUGCUCAACAUUUAUUGAUUCAUCUGAUAUUUCUCAAGGUGAUUUUUAUAAAAAAACUUCUCAAAAAUGA